AUGGAGGCCCAACUAGUCCCUAUUACUCAAAGUCCAUACACUGAAAGGGAUGCACAUAACUUAAGGAAAUUCUACAAAAUCCAGAAUGCUUGCUCACAGCUAGAGGCAUCAAUCAAUGUUCUAUAUGAAAAUGCACUAUCUACUGAAGAAAUCGAUUCAAUGCUUAAACAUGGAACUAAUUUGGAAAAACUUAUUGCCGCCAGCCCUGCAAUGCAUGUAGCAAGCCGUUUGAAAGCGGCUAAGAAAGUGCUGGAUAUUCAAUCGGUUUUCAAGCAGUACAAUUUUGAAAGUGACAACUCACCUGUUGAUGAAUACAUCCAUUAUCCUAUUUGUACAGAUCGUCGCCUGGAGAAUUUGGCAUUUAUUCAUAGUUCGUAUCCAAAUAUGAAUGUUAAGUUAACGGAAACUCAGAAAAUUGUAAUGUGUAAUGAACGGUUAGAAUUCCUUGGUGAUAGUUGGCUGGGUGCCCUUGUUGCAUACAUCAUAUACAAUAAAUACCCUUAUGCUGAUGAAGGGGCAUUAUCGAAAAUGAAGGAUGCGAUAGUUAGUAAUAGCAAUUUAGAGAAAAUCUGCACGAAGCUGGGCUUCAAAGAGAGAUUGCUUGAAAAUAUCCCACGUUCAUCAAUGAAAAUCAAGAAUAAAUUCUCAAAAUACUAUGCAGACUGUGUGGAAGCAUAUAUCGGUGCUCUAGUGGUCGACAGAUUUUCAGCAGAGUUCAAAGAUAUAGCAGAUUGGCUAACUGAACUUGCUCAAGAACAUUUUGAAGAGCUGGGCCCAGACAUGUUUAAAAAACCGUUAAAUAAAAAUGCCAAAGGUGAAUUGGCUGAAUUUUUACAAUUUAAUAAACUUGGGCUGAAAUUGGCCUACGUCAGAGUUACAAACAAGACGCCAUUCAAGGUUCAACUUAAAUUAGGAACGAUACUUCUGGCAGAAGGCCAGGGGCCCAAUGUUCGAGAAGCAGAACAUAGAGCUGCGAUGGAGGUUCUCGCUAAUAAGGAGUUAAUUGAAAAAUACUCAUUAUGUGAACUUGAAAACAACGAUUUUAUGAACCAUGUCAUCGAAGAGGCGUCAGAAAAAGAUCAAAAAGAAGUAAAAAUCGAGAUAGGCCCUGGAACAACCAACUAUGGACAUAUGCUGGGCGAAGAAAAAAGCUCAACGUCUGAUCCUCUAUUAGCAACAACAGGACCAAAUAGCCAGAGCUCUACAGACCCCAACUCAAUCAUGAAGGAAAUUAUGGACCGUAUGACUUCUCUCGUACCUUCACUGAUUUCUGAAGCUAUCGAAAGCAUAAUACAGGAGGAUAAUUCCGGCAUAUCAAUCUCUGAGCCGUCAAUGUCUGAGAAUGAGCCAAGGCAACUAGUGGAAAAUGAUAACAGUACAAAAUUUUCGAAAAAUAAUAUUACUAUAAAACAUAGCAAUAAACCUCCCGAAGAUUUAAAGACAAAUGAUAUAGAAUAUGAUAAAGAAUCGUCGGGUAGGCUGUAUGCCCUUCUAGGAUCUAUUAAGUUGCACCCAGACUAUGAAAUUUUUCAAGAAGGACCGUCUGAAUUUCAUGCAAUUUGUUCCAUCAAAGGAACAGGCACAUUCUUGGGAGAAGGUACAGGCAGAAGCAAAAAGAUUGCACAGCAUAUAGCAGCAGGGAAUGCGCUUAACAGCGAAGCAUUACAGGAUAUACUGACAAAUACCUGA